CCAUGCCAAUCCAUCAACAACUUCUUCUCCUUCUUCUCCUCCUCCCAGAAAUCUUCAUAACCGCAACUACAACAACAACAGACAGCGAUUUCAUCCGUAGCAGCUGCAUGAAAACAACGUAUCCCGAUCUCUGCUACACCUCUCUCUCCAUCUACUCCAACGUCAUAAAACAAAACCCCGCCGCACUCGCCCGUGUUUCCAUCGCCGUCAGCCUAUUCAGAACCCUCCGAAUGGCUCGACACGCCACAAAUCUCUCCCGUUCAGCUGACUACGAGUCUGAUCACCGAUUAUCCGCCGCAAUUCACGACUGCGUGUCUGUAUAUGGUGAUGCGGUCGAUCAGAUACGCGACUCGUUGAGAAAAAUGAAGAAGAUCGUGAUGAUGAACAGGGAACUAGGAGACGCUACACUCCGAUUGGAAUUGAACGAUGUGCAGACUUGGAUGAGUGCGGCGCUGACGAAUGAAGAUACGUGUAUAGAUGGAUUUGAAGAUGUAGAAGAUGGGGAGAUGAAAUUGGAUGUUUGUUAUCGUACUAUCAAAGUGAAGGAAGUAACGAGUAAUGCACUUGCUCUUGUAAAUAGCUAUGCAGAUAAGGUAUUACCUGUACCACCAUUUCCAUAACCGGUUUAGAUUAUCGGUUCGAUUAAUCUGAGAGUACUUUGAGUUUAAGCAUAGUAGUAAAUUUAGAGUGAGUAAGAAAAAUAUGAAUGAUCAUGCUUAGAUUUUUUUAUUUUCUUAUUUAGGGUUGAAAUCUAUAGCAUGAGAUCAUAUCAUGGUUGAUGAGUGAAAAUAUGACUAUUUCACCUGACCUAGCUUACUUUGUAAUUAUUAUUUAGUUAAGGAUUGUAAUAUUAAUUAUCAUUUAGUUAAAGAUUGUAAUAUUAUAUAUAUGUUAUUUAUAUGAAUCUAUAUCUAUGGA